CGCACGUCCACCGUGCACAUUUCAAAGGAAAACAAAACGUUGCGUUGACGCAACUUGAUCCCUCCAGACUCAUGUGUUGUACAUUUCUCGUCAGCUAUGCAAGACUGAAUGCUCAUACAGUGGAAUGAUGAAUGGAAAUGCAAACACUAGAAUGACCAGUCCCUGGAUCAAUUACCCCAUCUUGAUAGUAACUUUCUCAGUUCUGGCGAGUCCGACGGACGUUGAAUUCUGCGGUGGUCAUUUAAUGUCGCCAAGGGGAAUAAUUCAAACGCCAAACUUUCCUGGACCAUUUUCCGUGCCCAUUAAGUGUCGCUGGGUGAUAGACGCAUCGGACAUACCAUUUGGCAACAGUUCCAUUGUUAUUUAUCUCACUCAGUUGUACGUUUACAAGGGUUUAAAAUUCACCGAGUACGCUUAUUACGAGUCUGACAGCACAAAUUUUGGUGCAACCCUCAUUAAAAAAGUCACAGAGAGCAAUGUUUUUGAAUAUCGCUGGUUCAAAACAUACAGGCCAUUUCUCGUUAUUGACUUUAAACUGGACCGACUCGAGGGAAAUCACGUACGAGUACUUCAUGAUCUUCUCGAUGUUUAUGGCUUCAAUGUCACGUACGAAGUGACGGAGGCAGAUGCCAACCCAAAUUCUUGCACGGUUAGGGACUGCUCUUUUGCGGGAAAUUGCAUACUCGAUGGCACCUACGAGUCAUUUAGUUGUCACUGUUUCGAGAAAUUCACCGGUGAAAAAUGCUCUCACGGUCCACUCUGCAUAGAUGAUGAACGGGAGACCAUGUGCAGAAAUGGUGGUACCUGCAAGCACAUCGGGGCAGAAGCUGUGAGAUGUCUCUGCACCUCGGGUUACACGGGAAACAGUUGUGAAAUGCCGGUUUUAAACGAUACACGGGGAGAUUGCCGGGGCUCUGCCUGCAUCCAGCAAUGCUCGUACUCACCCGAGGCUCGAAAACCUUGCGAAUGCACAAAUCGCAUACCCGUGUACGACAACCGGGCGAGAUACGAAUGCCGAAUAAAAUUAGCCAACUUCACGGCCAUCCGGAAUGGAGCCAACACACCGGCAGGAUCUACAGAGGCAUUAUUGCGGAAGCAACUAGCGAAAUACCUCCGCAAUUCGAAUAUAUCAACAGUGGAGGACCUCAAAAUUCUGAAUGUGACGUCGUCGGCGGAAGUUACGUUUCACUUCUUCGGUGUCUCCGGCGACGGGGACAGAAUCAGAGAGGCCCUGAAUCGUCUUGUUCAGCGGAGACGCCUCAGCGACUUCACAUUGGAGUCAACACACUUCACAUUCCAGCAAAAACCUUCAUUAAGACUCCAGAGCUUGCGGGUCGGUGAGCACGAGGUGAGAUUGGGGGAUCAGUUCGUAUUGUCGUGCGUCGCCCAGGGGAGCGAGGGGAUUAAAUUCGUCUGGUAUAAGGACGACAUGCUUGUCAAUAUCAGUAAAUCCACGAGAGAAAUAUGGCAUCGAGAACUGCCAGAUGACGGUUCAGACACGCAUACAUCACUCUUGACAAUCGACAAAGCGACUCUAUUAGACGCGGGUCAAUACACGUGUCGAGUGGUUGAUUGGGGAAUGGAGCAGUGCAAGAAUAUUCAUAUCGAUGUCAGAGACGUGCCCGACGUUAAAGUCGUGCCCAUGAGUGCCACCAUCGAAAGAGGAAAUAAUCUUCAAUUGUUGUGUAUCACUCCGAAUAUGAGGAGUCUUGGGAUUGGCUUUGGGUGGACGAAGAAUCGGGCUCUGCUCAAGUUGGAACCGGGGCAUCAGUUCUGGGAGGAUCUCUAUCCUGCUGGGAGCAUUCUGAAGAUCGUUAAUGCUCAGAAAUCAGCGAUAUAUACUUGCAACAUAGCCCAGCGUUCGAUGUCGGUUAGAGUUGAAGUGGUGAAUCGCACGCUAAUACCAAUAUGUCCUCGGGAUAACUCGUGGGGGUUGAUCUGGCCCGAGACUGGGCCCAAUUCAGAGGCCCUCCUGGAGUGCCCCAGGGGCUUCAUUGGGCCCAGAGUGUCGAGACUCUGCUCCAUGAGAGACGCAACGACGUCCGUCUGGCAGUUGCCUGAUUUCUCAGAGUGUUCAUAUCAACCGUUCAUAGUACCUUAUUCCAAUUUUCGAAGUUUAACAUUAGGCUAUCAAAACACAACAGGCUCAAAGACAAUCACCUCACUGUGGGAGGCACUGAGAUCCCGAAAAUUACCCCUGUACCCGGGCGAAGGCGAUAGACUCUUAAGUAUACUCGCGAUGAUCGAGGACUAUCAAAGCUCAAUAAACGAUCUCGAUGACUUGUACAAUUCCGCCGAAGUGUUAACGAGGAUAAUUAAUAGGAUACUGACCGAUGAGAACUCUGUACUGACGCGUGAUAAGCAGUUGCUCCUCCAGCAACUCAGCCUGAGGAAUUUGGAGUAUUGGACAAGACUUUUAAUUUAUCCGUAUAAGCACUUGGCACUGUCAUCUGUCGUUGUCGAUAUUCAGGCGUUACAUGGGGCUGGGGAUGACUGGAGGGAGUACUUGCUACGGGUGCCGGUGGAUGAUUACAUGUAUCCCCAUUGGUACAGUGAUAGUAUAACAAUUCGCCUCAUGAAAUCAGACAUCGAUGCCAAUAUCAAUAAGACGUUCAGUGGAAUUGUCAUUGUUUAUAAGAAUAUUACAAAAUUCCUGCCAACUACGUAUGUUAAGGAACUGGAGGACGGAACCGACCUGGAGUAUCGUUUUCACUCUCGUCUAGUAACGGUGGCCCUCUCCCCCGCCCUCGACGACCGCAGUUACUCGAAAAUCCAGAUAGAACUUAGAAUGCGAUAUCUGCAGAAUAUCACUGGCUCGUGGAACGUAUCCUGUGGCGUUGAAGACCACACGGGGUCCUGGGAUUUGAACUCGUGUUCAGCAACAUUAAUCAGGGAUGAAAGCUCGACCCAGUGUCUGUGCACAAAGCCAGGAACUUUCGCGGUAUUUCUGACUGCCCGAGCAACGAAAGAUGCACUGGCGCACGAUAACCAAACCACGUUCAUAGUUCUUUUGGGGUGUGAACUGUGUCUUUUGGAGAGCACGAUAUCAUCAUUUAUUCUCGUAUUUCAUCUGUGGAAAAACCGUACGUGGUUGAAUUUUUUGAAGCUUCAGUGCGCAGCGGCACUCGUUGGGGCAAUGGGAGUCUUCAUUUAUGCCAUUCAGAGUUCAUUGGCUGAGAGUUCAUACGCAAUAGUCGCCGUGACACUCGAGGCAUUUCUCCUCAUGGGGAUGUCAUCCCCAAUAUCUCAAGCUUUAAUAAUCUACGCUGACCUGACACAAGUCCGUCCGAGUCAGCAGUUUCAGCCUACUGUGAUAGCCGUGAUAACCGGACUCCCAAUUAUCUGCAUUUUAACAACUGAAUUAACCCACAAGAGCACCGGCUGGCGGCACGAGUCCUGGUGGUUGAUUUUUGGCACCGGGGUUUACAAUAUUUUCGUCAGCUGUGUUGCCACAAUGCUCUCGAUUUUUCUCCUACUGUACAGUGGAAUUCUGUGGAAAGCCCACGUCCUGAUGGACCAGAGCGCUGUCAAGAAGAAGAGCAUUGACGGCAAAAUUGGAUUACUCCAUCGAGCUGCACUCACUGUUUGCGGACUCAUUGUCAUGGAGGCAGCCUCGAUCUUGUUUGUCAACUCGUCGGCGAUGAUUUAUCAUUAUCUUUUCGGGGGUAUUUCCAGCGUUUUGGGGUUUGUUAUACUUUUUUCGUACAUUGGAGGGGGAGAAGUUAGACUGUUUGCUCCGAUUCUGAGGAAGUUGAGGUUGACUGAUGACGCGGACAUCAAAUCUGAUUCAAUUAAAGUAUCAUCGAAACCGCCUGAUCUAGACAACGAAAUGACCCCCCAAUCCACAACAAUGCUGAACGGUCGAGGCUGCCGACCGCUGCGUGGGCAGACAUUGAGCUCCACCGCAAUCCGCUACACCAUUGAAAUCCCACCGUCACACCAAAAGCCCUCGCGACCCUCUCGUCGUGCCGAGCCCCGAGUGUCCCACACCGACGACAUAAACCUCGAGAACUACAGCACAAGCCCCCGAAAGUACCACGAGCCAAGGAAAUACGAUAAAACAAUCGGCCCCCAGAAUCAAUACUGCCACCGUGAUUUCUACGAGGUCAACUCCAGGAUUAUUCAGCCCCACGAGCCAACGAAGCACGCGAAUUCCCGGGAUAUUCAAACGUCAACCUGUGCUGAUGCCAUAACUGCCGAAUGCUCAACAACAGUAUUAUGCAGUGUCGAUAUUGAAACGAGAAUGGGUUUAAGUGCCAUGCCAGACGUUACUCUGGCAACUAAAAGUGACACAGAACAUUCAAAUGUUGAAAUAAUCCCUCGCGAUGUUGUUAAUGUUAUUCCGGAUAUCGCCAGCACUGGGGGACGAAAGCAGCCGGACGACGAGGAGAAGAGUGAGGACAUUGGUAAUUGUGAAAAUACGGCGGGAAUGCUCGAUCGCAUCUCUCAUGAUCUCGAUUAUUUGUUGAAUCGCACCGGGGAAGAAGCAUGAAUUAUUUCAUUAAACGCAUUCCGAGCGGCUCGGGCGUUGUGCCUGCGCUUGAAACACGAGCUGCAUUUUUUUAUGAAAAUUGAGAGUGCAUUGGGUGAGUGAGGGGAUUAGGAAUGGGGUGGAAUGAAGCUGGUGACGUGGGACGGGGGUCCCGAAGGUGCGAAUCCAGGCGGUUUUUUUUGGAUUGGAAUGCUUGGAGAAUGGCUUUUCCAUCCCAUUUUUCCUCGAGUGGAUUAUGCUGAUAGAAAAUUUAAUUUUAGGGAGAUGUUUUUUGGGGGAACAAGGAUUAUUUGGUUUGAGGGGUUCUAGGGUCAAAUUACACUUAUUUUUAGUCGAGAAAUUUUCUACUUUCAUGAAUUGAUAGGACAUUCCUGCCUAGAAGAUGAUUGCAUGAAUAAGUGAAUUGAAUGUUGGUAUGUGUGUACACACGACCCAAUAUGGCCCAGAAUAAUUGAUUAAUUGACGGUUGAAUCAAAAUUAUUCAUGAAUUGAAUGUGGUUCACUCGAAUGAAGACUUGAAUUGAGAUUUUCGUAUGUCACAUUAAACAGAAUUUUUUAUUUCCAAAUUUUAAAUAAAUCUUUGUAAUUUACGAUUUUGUUAUCUUGAAUUGAUGGGAUUUACUGCAGGGAAGAAAAUACAAACUUGGCAUGAUUUUACGUUAAAAAAAAUCAAAUAUUCUUAUUAUUAGGACAAAUAAAAUUGACUGAAAUUCACUGCCAAAUCAAAUUAAUUGAGAAAGUCAUCAUAAAUAAUUGUUGUUUCGACAAAAUCAUCUCGUUAAUUAAUUUAUUGUCUGAAUGUAGGUUUUGGUGAAUGUCUCUUCCGAAUUAUUGUAUACGAUAAAGAAUGGAGAUUCAGGAAUGCGGCAACAUGGCAACGUCACGUGUGUUUGAAAACCGAAAUACUGUUUAUGAUACUUUUAUUGUGACGCAUCGAAAAAUACCAUAAUUCUUAUGUUCAUGACUUCCAUAAUUCAUAUUAAUAAUUUAGAAAUAAAGAUGAUACUUUUUAUAA